CCGCCCGCCGGGCUCGGCUCCGCUCCCGGCCCGCGCUCCAGCCCGCUCCGCCCGCCGCACCGCCCCCGGCCGCGCUCAGCCCGCAACGAUUUGACUUCCCUCUGCCGGCCUCUCCAGUUCUCUUAAGACCGCUGCCUGGGCUCCGCUCUCCUCCUCGCUGUUGGCCGCAGCACGGUGGUGGCUCUACUCUUCUCCCGUUUAGCCAUAGUCAACCCCGGCUUUGCAAUUUUUUUCCCUCCUUUUUUUUUUUUUUUUAAAUGGAAAAUAUCCUCUUGAUGUAAGAUGACUCGUCUUCUUGACUCUCGCCCGUUUCAGCACUGAAGACUGAAAGGGAACCCUCACCACCACUCCGACGCUGGUGGCACUUAAAAUAAAAAAAAUAAAAUAAAUAAAAACCACAAUUCUAAAAGAAAGAACAAGCAAAAAAGAAAAGUCUUAAGAGGCAAAGGAGCAGGACUCGGGACCCUCUGCAGACCCUUGUCUGAGACCACCCAGGACUACACUAGUCAUCCAGAACUCCUGAUUCCUCUCAUCCAACUGAAACGGAGGGCGACUCCGAGCUAGAAGCAAACUUCAGGGCUCUCCGCGGCUCCUUGGUUCCCGCAUUUGGAGGGGUCGAGGGCUGGAAGGCACCGGACCCCCACGAGGAGGAGGAGUCCCGCGUCUCUCUCGCUUCUCCCACCGAGUCUGAACCUUAGACUGAGCUACGCGGGACAUCGAGGAGGAAAAGAGGGUAGCAGAAAAUGCGGGGCUGCGGGCCCCGCGGUGCGGGACGCCGACGGACCCAGGGCAGAGGUGGCGGCGGCGACACCCGCCGUGUCCCUGCCUCUCUGGCAGGCUGCUAUUCUGCACCUCUUAAGGGCCCCCUCUGGACGUGCCUUCUCUUGUGUGCGGCGCUCCGGACCCUUCUGGCCAGCCCCAGCAACGAAGUGAAUUUAUUGGAUUCACGCACUGUCAUGGGGGACCUUGGAUGGAUUGCUUUUCCAAAAAAUGGGUGGGAAGAGAUUGGAGAAGUUGAUGAAAACUAUGCGCCUAUCCAUACCUACCAAGUAUGCAGAGUCAUGGAACAGAAUCAGAAUAAUUGGCUGUUGACCAGUUGGAUCUCCAAUGAAGGUGCUUCCAGAAUCUUUAUUGAACUGAAAUUUACUCUAAGGGAUUGCAACAGCCUUCCUGGAGGAUUAGGCACUUGUAAGGAGACAUUUAACAUGUAUUAUUUUGAGUCGGAUGAUGAGAAUGGAAGAAAUGUUAAAGAGAACCAAUACAUCAAGAUUGAUACCAUUGCUGCUGAUGAGAGCUUUACAGAACUUGAUCUUGGAGACCGUGUCAUGAAGCUGAACACAGAGGUCAGAGAUGUAGGGCCUCUGAGUAAAAAGGGAUUUUACCUCGCUUUCCAAGAUGUUGGUGCUUGCAUUGCUCUGGUUUCUGUGCGUGUGUACUAUAAAAAAUGUCCUUCGGUGGUAAGACACUUGGCUAUCUUCCCUGACACCAUCACUGGAGCUGAUUCUUCACAGUUGUUAGAGGUGUCAGGCUCCUGUGUCAACCAUUCUGUGACAGACGAUCCUCCCAAAAUGCACUGCAGUGCUGAAGGGGAGUGGCUGGUUCCCAUCGGGAAAUGCAUGUGCAAGGCUGGAUAUGAAGAGAAAAAUGGCACCUGUCAAGUGUGCAGACCUGGGUUCUUCAAAGCUUCUCCUCACAGCCAGAGCUGCAGCAAAUGUCCACCUCACAGUUACACCCAUGAGGAAGCUUCCACCUCUUGUGUCUGUGAAAAGGAUUAUUUCAGGAGGGAAUCUGAUCCGCCCACAAUGGCAUGCACAAGACCCCCCUCAGCUCCUCGGAAUGCCAUCUCAAAUGUAAAUGAAACUAGUGUCUUUCUGGAGUGGAUUCCACCUGCCGACACGGGUGGACGGAAAGAUGUGUCAUAUUAUAUUGCAUGCAAGAAGUGCAACUCCCAUGCAGGUGUGUGUGAGGAGUGUGGAGGUCAUGUCAGGUACCUCCCCCAGCAAAUCGGCCUGAAAAAUACCUCUGUCAUGAUGGUGGACCUUCUUGCUCACACAAACUAUACCUUUGAAAUUGAGGCAGUGAAUGGAGUUUCCGACUUGAGCCCAGAGACCCGGCAGUAUGUGUCGGUAAAUGUAACCACGAAUCAAGCAGCUCCCUCACCAGUCACUAACGUGAAAAGGGGAAAGAUUGCAAAGAACAGUAUCUCUUUGUCUUGGCAAGAGCCAGAUCGCCCCAACGGAAUCAUCCUGGAGUAUGAAAUCAAGUACUUUGAAAAGGACCAGGAGACCAGCUACACAAUUAUCAAGUCUAAAGAGACCACCAUUACUGCAGAGGGCCUGAAGCCCGCGUCUGUGUAUGUCUUCCAAAUUCGAGCACGUACAGCAGCAGGCUACGGUGUCUUCAGUCGAAGAUUUGAGUUUGAAACCACACCAGUGUCAGUUGCAGCAUCCAGUGAUCAAAGCCAGAUUCCCAUCAUUGCAGUGUCGGUGACAGUGGGAGUCAUCUUGUUGGCAGUGAUGAUUGGCUUCCUCCUCAGUGGCAGUUGCUGCGAAUGUGGCUGUGGAAGGGCUUCUUCCCUGUGCGCUGUUGCCCAUCCAAGCCUAAUAUGGCGGUGUGGCUACAGCAAAGCAAAGCAGGAUCCAGAAGAGGAAAAGAUGCACUUUCAUAACGGGCACAUUAAACUGCCAGGAGUAAGAACCUACAUAGACCCACACACCUAUGAAGAUCCCAAUCAAGCUGUCCAUGAAUUUGCCAAGGAGAUCGAAGCUUCGUGCAUCACCAUUGAGAGAGUCAUUGGAGCAGGUGAAUUUGGUGAAGUUUGUAGUGGACGUUUGAAACUGCCAGGAAAAAGAGAAUUACCUGUGGCUAUCAAAACUCUUAAAGUAGGCUAUACUGAAAAGCAGCGCAGAGAUUUUCUGGGUGAAGCAAGUAUCAUGGGACAGUUUGAUCAUCCGAACAUCAUCCAUCUAGAAGGCGUUGUGACCAAAAGUAAACCUGUGAUGAUAGUGACAGAGUACAUGGAGAAUGGCUCCCUGGACACAUUUUUAAAGAAAAACGAUGGGCAGUUCACUGUGAUUCAGCUUGUUGGCAUGCUGAGAGGCAUCGCUGCAGGAAUGAAGUACCUUUCUGACAUGGGCUACGUGCAUAGAGACCUUGCUGCUAGAAACAUCUUAAUCAACAGUAACCUUGUGUGCAAAGUGUCUGACUUUGGACUUUCUAGGGUACUGGAAGAUGAUCCUGAGGCAGCCUACACCACAAGGGGAGGCAAAAUUCCAAUCAGAUGGACUGCCCCAGAAGCAAUAGCUUUUCGAAAAUUCACCUCUGCCAGUGAUGUCUGGAGCUACGGAAUUGUAAUGUGGGAAGUUGUGUCUUAUGGAGAGAGACCCUACUGGGAGAUGACCAAUCAGGAUGUGAUCAAAGCUGUGGAAGAAGGCUACCGCUUGCCAAGCCCCAUGGACUGUCCUGCGGCUCUCUAUCAGUUAAUGCUGGAUUGCUGGCAAAAAGAUCGGAAUAGCAGGCCCAAGUUUGAUGAAAUAGUCAACAUGCUGGACAAGCUGAUACGAAACCCAAAUAGUCUGAAGACACUGGUUAAUGCAUCAAGCAGAGUAUCUACUUUGUUGGCUGAACAUGGUUCUCUGGGGUCCGGGGCCUACAGAUCAGUAGGUGAAUGGCUGGAAGCAAUCAAGAUGGGCCGGUACACAGAGAUUUUCAUGGAAAAUGGAUACAGUUCAAUGGACGCUGUGGCUCAGGUGACCUUGGAGGAUUUGAGGCGCCUGGGAGUGACUCUGGUUGGUCACCAGAAGAAGAUCAUGAGCAGCCUUCAAGAGAUGAAGGUGCAGCUGGUAAAUGGGAUGGUGCCAGUGUGACCUCCGCAUGGGUCACUUCCUCAAGCGAACUACUCUGCACUUUGUAAACAGCCCUGAGAUUUGUUUUCACAAUUAUAAGGGAAAAGGGAAAAGAGUGGUUUCUAAACCUCUUGGAGGCAUUCGUCUCAGUCAUUGAACUUGUAAUCAAUAUUUUCCUAAAGUCUCCGUUUAUUCCUCUUAGUGUCUUCAUUUUCAUGAAUCAAAUGUAAACUACAUAGAGUGAAAACAUGGGGAUAAGCAUCCUAUAAUAAAGUAAUAACUAAAUCCUCCCCCAUUAUUUCCACUGAAUCUUGUACAUGAAAUAUAUCAAGAUACAGCACCUUUAUAGACUGUUAAGGCAGCCCCUUUCAAAACUUCCAGGGAUCUACUUGAAAGGAAAAGUUUUAAAGCCAUGUGUGGGCUAAGAAAAGCUGCAUUUCACUGACGUUUACUUCAAGUCUUAAUUGUCUAAAUAAGUGUAUUGAAGAGCAAUAUGAUUAGAUUAUUCCUUAAAAACAGUGUGUAAUUUAAAAUGUAAUUACAUGUUGUUAAGUUAUAGAAAAUAGUAUAUAUAAACAUGUUGCUUGGUCAAGGAAAAGUUCAAUACAGGGUGUAUAUUUAUUUUUCUGUGUUAUAUAAUUUACUUGUAGUUGCUCUUCUGGAGACUGUUAGAUAAUAAAUGUGUAUAUACUGUAUAGUUUGCAAUAUGCCCAGGAACUGACUAACCUUGGAUGUGUGUCUGUGUGUGUGUGUGUGUGUGUGUGUGUGUGUGUGUGUGUGUGUGUGAAUGUGUAUACAAUACUGUUCUGCUUGCCUUUUUGAUGGUGUUUUAAUUUUGGCAGCAUACAGGAAAGGGUGUUCCAGGCUGUAACAUGAAUAAGAGAAAUAGGAAACAGUAGAAAAAAAAAUCCAGUCCAAGUUGAUGUCCUUUCUCUCAUUUUGAAAGCAACUAAUUAGUUUAUGUAAACAGCUAAUAUCUCUAAGAUGAAUUUCCUUUUGGAUUUUUACAAACAGUUUUUACUAUCUCUGACAAAGGAGUUCUAGCCAUUUAUCUCACACCCUUCUCUGAAAUUUCAUCUUUCUAAGUUACAGAAAAUAUUUUCUCAAACAAAGUUGACACAAAGGGCACAUAUGUGUGGGAUGGAGAGAGACUGGAGUGUGCUGGCUUCUGUUACUGUCCAGACAAGGGGUACUCAGCAGCUCCCUUUGUGCUCAUCAUUGUAAUCAUUCCUGUUGUGACUCAUUUACAAAAGUUUGAUGUUAAGACAGCAGUAAAAAAUGAAAAAAAAAAAGUGUUUUUUACUCAGAAUUUUAAGUUUUUUUUUAUUAAUAAUCACUUGUUAAUUUUUAAAUUAUAUUUUGUCCUCCAUUACAUAAUAUUGAGAAUACUUUGAAGAACCAAAGUAAAAUAUUUAAAAAUUAGACUUGUUAAGUAAUAUAUGAUAGUCCUUCAGUGUAUUCUAUAAACUACACCAACAAAGGGUUCUCAUUUGGGGUAAAGUUCACGCAAUUUGCUGAAAUGUUUGAAAAAGUGAGUGUCAUACUGACAUAAAUAAUAUUUAUGUUGUUACACUUAAUAAAAUCAGGAGAAUGGUGCGUGAUAUUUGAGGAGCAGAGAACUUAUAUUAGGACUUUGGGGCUACCUUGGUAAAAGCAUAUGAGAGAAGUGAGAUCUGAAGAGGAGAUACCAGUGUUUUGUGAGUGGUGGUCCUUGCUCUUGGAAGCAUAUGUUUCACAUCAAUAUUAACCCAUGUAAGAAAAACAGCUAGGGAGAAGGCUUCUUCCUCCCUCUCUCCCUCCAUCCCUUUCUCCUUUCCUCCCUUCCGUAUUUCCUUCCUUCUUCCUUUCUUUCAUUAUUUCUUUCUCAUCCUUUUUAAAGAAUGAAAUAGCUCUUUGCUAAUGAAUGAGGAAAGAUCAAAACAACCACACGGGGCAUGGACCACUGUAGAUCCACACUGUAUUCAAGAAAUCUCUAUUAGUUUAGUGAAAUUUUCAGAAUUGAAAGAAGUAGUUUAAUAUUGUCACAUUGAACAUCACAGAUAGAUAUCAUUAUUAAGAAAGAUGCAUGUAUACAUUUAAACAAACACAAAAUUAUUAAAACUCAUCCCUAUCAAAAAACUGAUUUUAUUAUACUCUACUGAAUUUUGAAAAAUUAUUUGAAUCUUAGUAAUAAAGUAAUUUUGAGAACUUCAUAACAAAAAAGUUUACAAAUUCACAUUUUAGAGCUUGUAUAAGCCACAACUGUAGGGACAUAAAAACAAUACAUUCCAAAUUGUUUUUCAAUUCUGUGUGUUCAGAGAUUAAGGUGGGCCACUUACACAUAAGUGGCUGGCUGUUGGAGUGAUGAUUUCAGCUUUGUCACAACAGAAUAUAAAUUCAUUUGAAUCAAAUUUAUUUUUCCUUUGCCAUUCAAGUAUUACAUUGGGAAAGUAAUUCAGAAGGAAUGCUUAAUGGUCACACAGCUUUCAUCCGUAUCUCAAUUUGGUGGAAAGUUUCUAAGGAAUGCCAAUAUGAUUUUAGAAGAAAGAGACUUUUAAAUUAUACAAGCUCUGCCCCGCUAAAGAGGAAAGAAUGCCUUUCUAAAAUAUUUGUUCACCCUUGGAUAUGUCACCAAUUGAAAAGUGCCAAUCUCAUCUAUAAAUGUGAGAAGUGGAACAGAGGGAGGAGUCUGCUCUCGUGAAAUGUAGUGAGUCUGCCACUCAGCACUAGACUUGGCAAAUCCUGAUGGUGUGAAUUCUUUUCCGGUGGAUUCAUUUCCUUACCCACCAACUCCCAGAAAAUAAAGUACAGAUUCCGUAAUUUCCACACAUGUAACUGAUUUGUAAAAUGACUUGUAACUGUUUUGUAAGGUGGUACAACAGGAAAUUGCUCUGAACUGACUGGUUCUAUUUGAAGUCAUUCGGUUACUAUGUUUAUCAAUCAUGAUUUAUAUCUAAUAAUGCCAUUCACUAGCAUGUACUCUGACAAAAAAAUUACUAUCUCUGAAAUGUACUGAUUAUAUGUAAAAUGUAAAGAUACUGAUUUUCACCAUUUAAAAUCUGUAACGUGCAUGUUUUUUAAUCCCUGUAUUUUAUUGAGCAACCCAGUGUUCUAAAGUAAUACAAUCAUUGUACAAUUUACAUAGAAAUAUUUUAUUAAAGUUUAAAUGUGUCUAGAAUUAUUCAUUUUGGAAUUGUCACAAAUAAUGCUAAACACCCUUAGCUCUGUUUAUAAAAUGAUUCUAACCACUAUGUAACAAAAGAGAUAAAACUUUCACAUUUCAUGUUAAAGUGGAGCUGUUACUAUUCGUUGAACACUUAUGCAUUUGCAUGUCUGUUAUUUGGAUUCUAUGUGGAAGCAAAAGGCUGUAAAGAAGAUAUUUGUAUGUGUGUUGAAGUGGGUUUUCAGAAGCACAAUGAGAAAUGUUCUUCUCUGGAAGGUGUUUUGGCUGUAAUGGUACAUUAGAUGGCAAAGAGAGUCAGUUGUUAGAGACUUAGUAGGUAUAUGAUGGUGCAUAGUAGAAAAUAUCUCUUUUUCAUUCUGUUCUUUCUCAAAAUUAGGAGGGAAAAUUAAAUGUGAUAAUAAAUAGUCUUUGUUUAAACUUUGCCAGAUGUUUAACCUCAAUGUAAAUAAGAAAUAGGGACAAUAAGAUGGCAAUGGUGAUAAUGAUGAGUGAAUGAACAGAAUCAUAAUGGUAGCUUUAUUUGAAAUUUGAUAGCUCAAAUAAGUCAUCAGUUUUUCAAUGCUAUAGCACAGCUGGUUACAUUGAAUAUUUUUCCUCUAUUAUGCUGUUAAUUAUAUAGCAAUGUAUCAGGAAAGAAAUAGAUAAGAACUUUCUUCUCAUUUCUUGUUAAUUUGUGAGUCUUUUCAUACAUCAAUGGUUGAAUGUUCUUAUUCAGAAUGACCACGUAAUUGUCACUUAGAAUAAGCUGCUAUUUAUUAAAAAAAAAAAA